AUGAGUACCACAGAGGACGAUGUGGGUGCCAAGAUUUUUUCAGCUUUUGAAAGCGAAGGGGAGAGCAACGAUUCGGAUAGAGAACUGCAAAUUGCAUUCGACGAAGGUCUACUGAAGACUGAUAAGUUGAAUUAUGUUGUAGAAAAGAAGAGACCGAUUAUAAAUAAAAAAGCUGAAAUGGAGGAUAAAGUCGAGAAACUGAAAAAGAAUUUAACGUGGCUAGAAACGCUGGACGUGACAGUAAAUAAUGACCAAAUCGGUGAGAAAGUGCUCAACGAUGAUUUUGAGCGUGAAAUAAUUUUUUACAAACAGGCUGAAAAAGCAGUGCAGGUAGCAGUAUCACGACUACGUGAAAUGGGUGUGAAGAUUUCUCGACCGUCAGAUUAUUAUGCCGAAAUGGUGAAAAGUGAUGAGCAUAUGCAGAAAAUAAGGCAACGUAUGGCAGAAGUUGAAGAAAGCAAACGGAAGUUAGAAGCAAUUCGUAGAAUUCGUGAAGAAAAGAAGUUUGCAGCUAAAGUGCAGAAAAAGGUAAUGGAACGGAAACAGGGUGAAAAAAAGAUUUUGGUAGAAGCAGUGAAAAAGCAUCGGAAGGGCGUCAAGUCACAUUUGGAUGCCAUACUCAAUAAUGCAAAGAGGAUGCAGGAUGUUGAGAUUGAAGUGGAAGGGUCACAGAAAGGAAAAAUGCGCGGAAGGAAUAAAAAAUCUCGUCGAGUAGCCCGGGACAAAAAGUUUGGAUUUGGUGGACAGAAGAAAAGAUCUAAGAAAAAUGACAAAAAUAGCUUUGAAGAAAUUGUGACGCCUGGAAGCCUAGCACGUAAACUUAAAGGGCGUCAUUCUGGUGCAAACAUGUUGAAAAAUGAUGCAAAGCCAAGAAAAAAAAAAUGA